ACGGAACACCUGGUCUUUCUAUUAUUCUGGGUCACACAAAAGUCGAAUAAAACACCGGUUUUUGGAUUUUAAUAUGCCAUUGUGAUUAACGUGGAACAUCAUAUUCAUAAACUGCUAGAUGCACGAAGAGGAUCUUGUGCAGCGAUUGGCAGCCUAGCCCUGGAGCAUGGCAUGAUAUUUAUAUACGCUGCCUGACUGAGCUCAAUAGUCGCCUGGGAACUUAGUCGCCGAUAAAUAUCACGCAUCGCAGGAAUUCUUUAACAUAGAACAUCUGGCCGUCGAGCUGUGUUGUGGAGUAUUAUACAUAAAGUACAGUGGAAAUUAGUCGAUAACAGGCAGUGGAGAGCAGUGGUGGUGAGCGGUGCACUAUGGCUGCCCUGCAGGAAUCCACCUGUGCUUCUUUAGACCUGCGGUUGGAUACUCCGCCAUCUGAUUCAGAUCACAAGGAAGCAAGGCCAAGGAAAAACAAACGAAAGAUGAGUGAACCGAGACGUUUAAGUGACUUCAGUGUCAAGAGAUUCUGUCCUGAGACUGAUAGCCGAGGGUCGUCCCCCGAUCCGCGCUAUCAGGGUGAUUGUUCCUCUGUGGACGGCGACGGACAACCGGAUUCACCAGAACCUGUGAACUUUGUGAAAGGACCUGAUGGAGAGUCUGAGGAGAGUUUGGAGCGUCCACCAUCAGGGAUGUUCCCUCACGGACACCUUUACCAAUACCCUGCAUGUGUGCCGUUUCCUCCUGGGGCGUUUCACCCUUACACCGCGGAGAUGAUGCACGCUAAUCAACUCCAUCACGAACGAACGCCGUCCUCCUUGCUGGACAGAGCUGGAGCGUCGAGCGCAAACUCCUUUUCUCAGGAUGUCCUCAGUGAAAAUGGGGACCGAUGUGGACGCAAACAACGAAAAAACUACAAAAGUAUGACAACCGAGAGAAGGGUUGAAGCCAACGCCAGGGAGAGGACGCGUGUUCAUACGAUAAGUGCCGCAUUCGAAAGUCUCAGGAGAGCAGUUCCGUCCUAUUCUUACAACCAAAAACUGUCAAAGUUGGCCAUUCUUCGGAUAGCUUGCUGUUAUAUUCUGUCUCUGUCACGGUUAGCUGAGAAGGACUACAGUAGGGACCAGAGUCGUCCUCCUUUCAGUGAGUGUGUGGACCUGUGCACGCGGACAAUUCAACAGGAGGGCAGGGCCAAGAAGAGGCACUGACAUCUGUCUCAUUCGGAUUUUACGCUUCGAACAAAUUACUUGAUGCAUUCAUUUGUUAUCAUGCUGGAUUUGUUGGAUUGUUCCUCCAGCACUUUUGAGGAUUUAUAUACAGAAAUUAUACUCGUGAUGACUGAGAUUCAUCUUCUUUAGACGUGGGUGUUAGUGGGUGGAAGUGCUGUCAGCGCAUGGACCAUUCUGUGCUAUUGUUUCGUUUGUGUUACUUUUUUGCCAGUUAUACCAAAGAUUCCAUUUGGAGAAGCUGAUCUCAAACUUUGCAUACAUACACUUUUAUAUUUCGGCUCAUCAUCAGAUAGUCCCCAUGGUUCAUAAUUGACUUGAAUCUAGACAACCAACGUUUUCAUCAGUCAUAUUGUACAUCUGAAGAUAGUUAGGGUGGGGUCAUGGUUAAGUUCGCCGAUUUGGCGAUUUGUUUUGUGUCGUCCCUGGUUUUGUCAUUGGUGAGUUAUCAGUUUUUUUGUGUCACUUUUAAUGUCAUGAAAAGAAAAUUCGUCAAGUACACCGUUCUCAGUCAGAUGCUAUAAGUGAUGUGUACAGGUCACACGUCGAGUGUACGGUUGUUCUCCGUGUCAAGAAAAACACGUCCCUAACGUCGAAACCAACCUGGGCUGGUUACGUGUACUUGUAUCAACGCGUAUCAAGCGUCUUGCGACGGUGUGUGAAAGGAAUCAUGGACUCGUUUCUCUCAUGGAGGCCGAUAGUCAUCUUUCAUCCAUUUCAUGAACUCCUGUUUCAGUGAAUUCUUUCAAACUGAUUAACCUUAUAAACUCACCUUUUCCAUGAUAUCGAAGAUAUACAUGUACAUGUAUUAUAUUAAAGCCAUCGAAACCGCUAUGUUGCCCUGAAAAAGUUAUCAUGAAAGCCUGGCAGUCUCGCUGCGUGAACCGAUAAACAAGCACCACUUGAAAAGAUGAUUCUGUAGCAACUUGUCGAUUGCAACCUGUUAUAUCGCAUGGUCGGAGGAAAAAACCUCAGUCUUUGGGAGCAAUUAUUGGAAUCCUUCGGGAAGAGCUCGUCUGGGAGGCGGGCUUUUUAAUCAUAACGUGUCAUCAUGAUGGGAGCAAUACCUCUUUCUUCUUUAACGCACAUUUUUCGAUCGGCCCCAUCCUGAGAAAAUCGUAUACCAAAAUCGCAAAAUAUCGAGAGGCAGAGAAUAUGGUUAUGCAAGGGUGACUGAAAGUGAUCCAUAGGACGAUACUUCUUCUGACAUGAAGAAGCGCGUGAAAUCUCCUUUCACAUUCAAGUAUAGGCCAAGUAUUUUUAUGCCUUAUUAUGGUAAACAGGUUCCAUUAGUUUUUUUCUUACUAAUUUGUAUCCAGUAUAUACAAAAUCUAGACCUCAUUACCCGCGUUUAGAACUCCAUGUGCACACACGGUGAUAUAAUUGGGCCGAGACAAUAGAGUGAUAAUAGAUGUAUGUAGUUACAGGUCAAAUAUAAUAAUUUGCCAGAUGGUUGUCAACAUUAGUUGGUGUCCUGUAGGUCAGCAACCACGAUGUUUAAAGUCACUUUUUGAAAUCUUAUAGGAUAAAUUGUGAUUGUUAUAACAUCUGCUUUAUUACAAAGGUUCCAAUGAGUCUCCCCUUGAUUGCAGACAGCCUUCGUAUCUGUCAGUUUUGAUACCAUUUGUCAAAAGUUUAUCUCCUUUCUUAGAGUUCAGCAUUCGUUGAUCUAUUUACAAUUCCAAGAUGAUUACUUUGUAAGUUAGGUUUAUCAUAUAAAAAUUAUCAGAGGUCAAGAAUCUACAUCGUGUAUAUAUGUCAACCCAACGCUAACCUUGGUACAGGUUAAUGCAUUGAUACGUCAGCCAGAGACGAUAAUAACAUCAUCAUGAACACAGUCUAUACCACACCAAAAUCUAUAGCCUAAUAUACAGAGUAUAAGUAGAGGUAAACCAUGUUUACAUUUUACUGGCAGAAAAAAUGCUCCCACCUGUUGGUCUCCUCUUAUCACUGAAUAGGUAAGAUAAGCUUUUGGCAGACGUUCAAGCGAUAGGUUGGUGAAUUUGUAAUUAUUUGGCCGCCUUGCUCGAUCAAAUAUUCCCUCACAUUGAUCAGAGUUGUUGUAGACAAGUGAUCACCAUUAAACAAAUAGCACAACCCAUAAUUCUCCAACAAUGCUGCAUGCCGGCGUUUUAGGGUAUUUGACUUCUGUCCUUUCGGCAACAGCUCUCUGCAAAAUGAACGUCAUCAGUGGUACAAUACUUGUCAGAAAUAAGGUCAUUCCAUCUUGAGUUCUGUUUCAGCGACAAAAUGAUGCAAAUAGAACAAUUCAAGUUUUUAAAAAAUUUUGAACAGACUGAGCUGGUCAGCAGAGUAGCUUGACAUUAGGUUUGACAUUAGAUUUCGCCAAUCCCCCGAAACGCUAACGUGUACACCUAUCGCAUUGUUCGACCUCAUGAUUACGAUUUCGAACAAUAGGUUACGCGUUUACGUUUCGGGUUAUUUGCUGAAACUCCCUAAUGUGACUCACCGAGUACCUCUGACAAGGUGCGGCCACCGGCUGUUGCGCAUCUUCGUAUUUCGGUGGAGUAAAAACCCUGAAUCUCUGGGCCACCUCAAUUAAUAUUGAAAUAAGAGGCGUCAUCAAUAGCUAAAAGUAUUCAAUCCGAAAUAGAUAAUUGAAAUUAUGGCACCCAUUAUAUCGCCUGAUCGUUGGCAUUUCGCCUAGCAACCAGUUACAAUGAACCCUUGACUAAAGUAAGCUGUGCCAUCAGGUCGGGAAAGCAAACAAGUUGAGUUUACUUUCUCAUGCCAAGCAGCCUUCCUGUAGGCUUAUAUUUCGAAUGCAGACAUGUUGGCCAGGUGUACACCGGUGCUUCAUUCGGUUUUAUAGCACACUUAACAGCUCAUGUAUGUCAACUGUUCAAAAUGUAUUGUUACAACCUUUGCUUUGUAAUCGAGAUUUUGAAUUGCCUUGUGCGGUUUUGAACACCUGUGCGAUAUUGAAGUCUCUUAUUCACAAGAUUCAAACUUCAUGUAUGGAUGUUGAGUUUCCCUCAUUAUAGGUGUCGUCUGUAGGGUGUAUGAUAAAAUCACCCAAUACAACUGCCCUAUGGCUAAACCAUAAUCAAAUUACCGGUAGUAUAUAAUGGAUUGUUGCAUUAUUUCAUACACCCCAUAGUUUAUAGAAUGAGCGUUGAUUGAAACCAUGUAUACUCAACCUUCACAUUAUCAAAAGUAAAAACUUGCCGUGUUAAUUGACAGCAAUAUUGACUCUGAGGGAGGGUCAGGCAAGGGAACGUUCUUUGCUCGUGUUUAUCCAACAUUUAGUCGGUGUAAUUGAAGCGGCGCGAAUUUAGCCCAACUUUUGAUGAUGAUGUUGCCGAUGUGGCGGUUCGCUUUCUUCGAGUCUUUAUUGUUUACGUUGUCAAUUAUUAUUUCAUGUGGUCAUUCAUUGUCCGUUUGGUGCCAAUUAUUCAAUGUCAAAGCCAAAUUGACUUAUCCAUUGUGCCAUUUGAGAUUGAAAGUAUAUACUGUAAUUAGGCGGAUUCAGUUAUCCACCGGUUAGAGAAUCGAAACCUUUUGUUGUUUGCGUUUGGUGCCGCUAGCCUUAAAGGUAUAGUCCAUCCGUGCUUUUUCUCUUCUGUAAUAUUUGUCAAUUUGCCUCUUCCGGUAUCUCGUUGUAAUCAUUGUGUAGACGGGAUGGCAUAUCAUAGGAAAACACCUGCAUCUAGUAUAUGCGUCAAUGUCAUCAGAUAAGUUAUCUUAUAGAUAACGGUCACCACAUCUGCUCCACCGAAAUGCCACGGGACAAAACGUGCAUGGAGAUGUUGAUAUUUCACCAAUACCCCUACAUUCAGCAUUCAUAAUUACUCAAGCUGAAGUUGAAACCUUUCAUGGUGUAUGUACUGUAACUGUCUUGAACUUUGUUCAAAAUGACCGGCUUUAAUAUAUUGUGAUAUAUAAGUAAAUAAAACU